CAGGCGCGCUUGGCCUUUUCCCGCCCUGCUGCCAAGCCAAAGGAGCGCACUUCUGCGGGUCGUGAUUGGUGGCGUGGAGGGCGGGGCGGUGUCUAGGGAGACCCCGCUAGGAAGUUUCCCGUGUUUGCAGCGCCCGAUUGCAGUGAAGGCUCAGGCUACGCGUCUCCUUUGCGCUCUGACAGCGGACAAGCAGUGGGCGCAACCAUGAGCAACAAGUACGAUGUGAUUGUCGUCGGAGGAGGCAUUUCAGGUUUGUCAGCAGCCAAGUUGUUAUCUGACUCUGGACUUAGUGUUCUGGUUAUAGAAGCUCGUGACAGAGUUGGGGGACGAACAUUCACAAUUAGAAACAAGGAAGUGAGCUAUGUAGACGUUGGUGGAUCCUAUAUAGGACCAACCCAGAAUCGAAUUCUGCGACUGGCUAAAGAACUUGGUAUAGAAACAUACAAAGUGGAUAUAGUUAAAAGGAGUAUCCUACAUAUAAAUGGAAAAUCCUAUCCAUUUCUGGGUGCCUUUCCUCCAAUGUGGAAUCCUUUAGUAUAUCUGGAUUUUAACAACUUUUGGAGAACCUUGGAUGAAAUGGGAAAAGAGAUUCCUCCUGAAUCACCAUGGGAUGCCCCACAUGCUGAAGAAUGGGACAAAAUGUCCAUGAAACAACUAAUUGACAAAAUUUGCUGGACAAAAGCUACCAGAGAUUUUGCUCUUAUCUUCGUGAAUGUCAACGUCACUGCUGAACCACAUGAGGUCUCUGCUCUCUGGUUCCUGUGGUAUGUCAAACAGUGUGGAGGAGCAAUCAGGAUCUUCUCUGUAAGCAACGGUGGACAGGAGAGGAAAUUUGUUGGGGGUUCUGGACAAAUUACAGAGAGGAUAAUGGAACAACUCAAAGGGAAAAUUAAGCUGGAGAGACCUGUAAUCUGCAUCGAUCAGUCAGGUGAUAAUGUCAUUGUGGAGACAUUAAACCAUGAGAUAUAUGAGGCCAAUUAUGUGAUAAGUGCCAUACCACCAAUCUUAACCUUAAAAAUUCAUUACAAGCCAGAACUGCCAACAAAAAGAAACCAGUUAAUCCAGCGGCUUCCAAUGGGCUCUGUUAUUAAGUGUAUGAUGUACUACAAAGAAGCUUUCUGGAAGAAAUUGGAUUUCUGUGGCUGCAUGAUGAUUGAGGACGAUGAGGCACCAGUUUCAAUAACUUUGGAUGACUGUAAACCUGAUGGAUCUGUACCUGCCAUUAUGGGCUUCAUCCUUACAAGAAAAGCCUUUGAACUAGCAAGUCUUAGUGUCGAAGAGAGAAAGAGAAAAAUCUGUGAAUUAUAUGCAAAAGUGUUGGGAACAGAAGAAGCUUUACAUCCAGUGCACUAUGAAGAAAAAAACUGGAGUACAGAACAAUAUUCUGGUGGCUGCUAUACAGCCUAUUUUCCACCCGGCAUUAUGUCUCAAUAUGGAAGGAUAAUUCGUGAGCCGGCUGGUAAGAUCUACUUUGCUGGCACUGAAACAGCUACCAAAUGGAGUGGCUACAUGGAAGGGGCAGUGCAGGCUGGAGAGAGAGCAGCCAGAGAGAUAUUAUAUAGCAUGGGAAAGAUUCCCAUGAAUGAAAUUUGGGUAAAGGAGCCAGAAUCAAAGGAUGUCCCAGCUCUACCAAUUACUACAACAUUUUUGGAAAGAAACUUGCCAUCUGUUCCAGGAUUGUUGAAAUUUCUUGGAUUUUCCUGCUUCUUCUCUUCAGCGGCUGCAGCUGGCUUCUUUGCCUUUAAAAGGGGGCUUAUCUUUCAGAAGUGUACCUAAAGCAACAGUUUAAAUCUUUGCAUUCAUGCUGUGACUAUUAUUUUUGGAACAACAUUUUUCAUGUCUUCUUUGGAACACCUGAAUCAAUACAUCAAAACCAGUGUAAUCAGUAUUGUUUACAGUCUCAGAAUGCACAGUAGUGAACUGAUGAAGGCAUCUGUUUUCUUUCUACAUUGACUUUUCUUAAUAGACAGAAUAAAGUCACUGACCUGCCCCCCCGCCUCCACUCCCCUGAAAAUUUCACUCCCCUUUGAUUGUAAGGGAAUCGACCUUUGAAAAUUUCAAAUACCUUUGGAAAACUAAUCUGUUUUUUAAAUCUUGUUGUGAACAAUGAAUAUUAAAAACUUAAUCACAUAGUUUAUUCAAUUAGAUGCUUAUGUUCUCAAGCAGCUGCACCUCAUUUACUGCUAUGUUAAAUUUUCAAAAACUGUAAUUGUAUUUUCAACCAUUAAGUGUUGAAAUUUAAAUAGUACAGAGUCGAACAAGGAGAAGCUGAGAAUGUUACAGUCAAGAGCAACAUAAUGAAGAAAAAAGGAAGAAGUGAGGGUUUCUAGGGCCAAUGAAUUAGAAAUGGUGAUGUAUUCAACUUCCAUGUUUGUGGAAAGUGCUGGCAAGUCACAGCCAAUUUAUGGUAAACCAUAACCCCAAAGUGUUUUCAAGGCAAGAGAUGUUCAGAGGUGAUUUGAUAUUGGCUGCCUCAGCAUAGUGACCCUUGGAUUUCCUUGGUGGUGUUCCCAUCUCAGUACUAACCAGGGCUGACCCUGCUUAGCUUCCAUGACCUGAUAAGAUCAGGCUAGCCUGGGUCACCCAAGUCAGGGUGUCUAGUUGCAUACUUGGCUGCAUUUCAUGAGAAAGUUCCUUGUUUCUUCCACAUUCUUUUCUUUCACACAUCUUCCAUACAUGGUGCUAUUUUCCUGGAGAGGUGGCAUAGAAAUUUUUCCAAGUGUACAUAAUAAACAAAUAUUUCAUCUGUUAAAAAUUAAUUAAAAUAGAAAUUAAGCAGAAAA